AUGGCGGAGCCCGCCGGGCCGCCGCUCCCCGCCUCGCUCCCGCAGCCCCUGCCGGCCGUUUUCUUCGGGGCCGUGGCGCCGGGCAACCCGGUGGUAGACAGCUUCGAGGCCGAGCUGCGGGACGCGCUGGGCUUCCUGCGGCGGCUGGGAGGCGCGGGGGAGGCCAAGCCGCAGCAGCACGACCGGCACCGCCGCGGAGCAAAUACUUUAUUUAAUAUUUGGAUCAAAUACAAGCCUCGACUGCCAGAGUGGUAUUUCAAUGAAAAACUUCUGAAAGUUGGUGAUUUCCUUGCUCAGAUCAAAGAAUAUAAGUUGGCACUUCUACAGUGCUAUGGAAGAUACUUUCAGCAGUUUGUUUCUGGAAACCUUGAUGCUAUAAUUGAUGAUGUGCAUCAAUUUAAAUCCACUUUUUUCCCAAAUGGUCUCAGAGACAAAAAUGCAGUACUUACGUUGCGUGCUUUGCAAGAGAGAAAUGUUUGCAUUUAUCAGAUGAUUUGCAGCAGUGACAGAAAUCUCCAGAAUCAAGAGUCCCUGCAGACUUGUUUGAAUGUCUUGUCCUCAUUACGACUCACUAUGCAAGUGGCUCUACCUCAGGAGAAUUUGUGUUGGCUUAUCUACAAUGGUACUAUUCAUAUUUACACCAUAUGCAGACAUUUGAUGAUGAUAGGUCAGUCUGCAAAGGUUCUGGAAUACUUACUGUGGGCCAGUGUAUGUAUGGAAUCAUCCAUUCCACUCUUAUCUGUACGUUAUUUGACAUGGAGAGCCACCCUCUAUACUGCAGUUUCUCAGUGUUAUUUUGAUUGUCAAGCUGGCAUUCACGGAGAGAUAUUUGCUCGCCGUGGUCUGAUUAAAAUUGAUGAACUGAAGCAAUUAGAAAAUAUCAAUUUGCUGGAAAAUUCAGAGGCAAAAAACAUUUUUAGAGAGGCUACUCUAAAGAUGUCAGUAAUGAUUUUCAAGAGAGCAGUAUAUGAAUCCAGAAGAAAGCCAAAAGGCUACUUUCGACCUAAGAUAAGAGUUAACCUGAAAGAAGCACAAAAGUUUGCAUGGCCUCGCACUGCUACUGAACAGCUGCUGACAGAAAUGUUUGAAAGUGCUGCAGCUCAGUUCCUUGCCAUCCUGGAAGCCCUGUCUGAUAGUAGCAGACAUGUGUUGGGCCCUGCUCCACCUCCUCCUGAUGAAGUGGAAAUUUGUGAUGUCAUUUCUGAGCUUUUUUUUGCAGGACUGGAAAUCCUCACAGGGGGAGUGAACAGUACUGAUACUCAACGAAGUCAUCUCAUCAAUCAUUUUGGUAUAAUUAAUGCAUCGUCAACCCUUCUGGAGUUGAUACUAACAGGAGAAGAGGGUGUGUCUGGAGAUGCAGCUGUGAAAUUCAUAAAAUUAGCUUUCAGCUAUGAAGAGUGGGAUGUGUUUGAUUCUGCUGUUGAAUUUGUUGUUAAUUUUCUUCAGACUCAAGAGGACCCAAUAUGGAAGAAAGCUGAAAUGGAACUCGAACUUCUUACACUGAUGCAAGCUUUGCUAUUUCCAAGAAAAAUUAAACACAGUUUCACUAGUACUGACAGUACUACCAAAGAAGCUAGAAACUCCCAGGUUUCUCAAAAGAAUCAAACAUUUAGAAGUGAGUGCUAGCAUGGAGAGCCUUCUCAUGAUAUUAUGAUUUUGGCAACAACAGUAUUUUCCUGUGUCUCCACAUCUAAGCAGAAUAUCCAACCUGACAAAGAAAUACUUGUUGAAGUAAUAAAGUUUUUGUGGCAGAAGUGUAAAACAAGACUUCAGCAAAUCCAGCUGAGUGGAAGUGACUGCUUGAAAUAUAUCCACAGACACAAAGCUUACCAAUGGGUUCACAUACUCUGGAUAAUAAAUGAAACCAUCCAGAGGAGCAGCAUAGCAGACACUAAUAUUGUAAUGCAUGCAGAGGUAACCUUACAUCUAACUGCAAUAUUGGAAAAUGUAGCUGAUUCUGCAAGUAAAUCUAAGAAAAAAGCAGGUAGAAUAAGUGCCUCGCUCUUGCAAGAUGAAGCCUGUGAUAUUCCUGAAAUUCUGAUGAAAAGUCCUACAGAGCUGUUACAAAUUGCUUAUGAAAGUAUUGAAAAAGCAAUUAAUGAAAUGAACACAUUUUGCCUAAUGACCCUUGUGCCAGAUGGAAAGUCAAUAUUUGACAACUGCUGUACAAAGGUGGAGUCAAAUGAUCAGAAUUUGAAUUCUGUUUUGGUAUGUGGUAAUGAUAAGACAGGAACAGGUUUCAUAAUGGAUUUACAUGUGGAGCUCAUUCAGGCCCAACAUCGAGUAUCUGUGAAACUUCUUAAAAUGACACAAGAUGUCCAAAAGGAUGAACAAAGUCUUCAGUCUAGGAAGGCCCAUAGGAAAAAUAUUGAAGAUACCCAUUAUUUAACAGAGGCAGGUAUAAUGAGAAAAAUAAAAAAGAAUAAGCUAUCCAGAGCAAUCUUUUUGAUGCAAAAAGCUGUACAGAAGUUUCCUAAAGAGUUAACCACUUCUUCCCAAAGGCAGCUACUGGAGGAAGCACUGACUUUAAUUGAGCAAGUUGAAGCUGAACAAAGAGCAUUGUAUUACAGUCUCAAAGAAGUUAUGAGCAGCAAGAAAAAAAGCAAAACUCCUCCACCUCCUCUGUUACUUUCAAGAUCACAUUGCUCCAUGACGUUUAAACCAGCCCCCUUCUCUUCAGAUAUUGAAGUUUCAUGGUACAGUAUUUUUGGCUGUGUAGCAGAAGGAAAUAAUAAGAAAGUAAGGUUAAAUAACAAUAAACUUCCAAAUGCAGGAGAAGAGAUACCAGCUGAUGACAAAAGCCUCUUGGAAAUACAUGGCUUAGAUCCCAAUGAGAAAUACAUAUUUGCAGUUGCAGCAUAUUCUUCUGAUGGAAAACUUAUUGGUGAUAGCAUUGGGGAAACAACCAAGCCAAUCCUUGCUUACCCACCACUUUCUGCCACUACUGUUCGAGCCUAUCUGACUCAGGUAGCCUAUCAGACUGGCAACUAUACAUUAGCCAGAGAAGCAUUUUCACCGAUGUGGGAUUAUUUUGUUUCAAAUUCUUCUCCACUGCCUGCCAAUGGAGCUGUUAUUUCUGCAAGCAGUAAUUUGACUACAUCUGUAAACAGGUUACGUUUUGAAGUUCUAUCUCAGACUUCUCGUAUUACCUUGCACCUCUUUCUGAGGAAUAUAUUUGCUGUUUGUGACAUUAAUGUAAUGGAAAGAGCACUCUUCUGUGAUUCCAUCUGUUCCAAUGAGAUACUUUAUAAGGAACAAGUUGCUAGAUUAGCAGAAUGUGAAAGAUUGAUGGUGGCAAUUGGACUUAGCAAUUGGUUGAAUAAUGCACGUUACACCCUGCAGUCUGUUGUACAAUGUUAUGGUCUCCUUGCUCCAAUUAUUUAUCACAAGAUUUCUUCAGUGCAAGUAGUACAGAUCCUCAUUAAAUGCUUGGCUGUCCUUCAAGAAAUUCCAAGUGCUACUUUGCAGAGGAGGCAGGCAGGAUGUUAUGAGAGUAUUCAGCAUAUGAUUGCUUGUACUUCAUUUUAUACAGCAAAGGUAUUACGUUCAUGGAAGGAAUAUGAUCUAGCAGUAAUUAUUGUUAACUAUGGGAAAAAAUUGUUGGAUUCCUCAGCAAGAUCUUCACCCAGUCUGUCAGAAGCUAUGAAAACUGAAGAAAAACAGACUAAGAAAGAAGUUAAGGCUGCUUCUGCAAAGACAUCCCAUUUAGCUGCAAUGCAAAAAGCGACAGAAAAUCUAAGUGUUCUUGAAGCAAAUCUCCUCAAGCUGACAAAACCAGCUUGUAGAUCAGAGCUUACAGGACAGGAAGAUCCUUUGUUCCUUUACCCUGUAAUUUCAUGUUGGACGUCAAACAGUGCUUAUCAAGAAGUGAUGAAAUUCAGAAAUAAUUCGCGUUUUCUUGAGUUCUUUGUUCAAGUUUUGCACAAAAUCAUGAAUGAAGAGAACUUUCAAUGUGUUUUGGAGUGGGCAGGCAAUGUGGAAGAUUACUUGAAAAGGAGAAACGACCAACUUCUUUGUAUCGAUGGAACUCUUCCAGAAAGGAAGGAUAGACACACUACAGGAGCUGCAGGGCUUCAGAAAAAUACGAAGACCUCACCUUUAAAGAAACAAGAGGCAUCAGCUUUGAAGAAAACAGGAAAAGCAGCCUCGCAUUCUAUUCCAAAAAAGGGGACUCUUAGACAGUAUUUAAUGAAAGAUCCAGAUGCACAAAGGAGAUGCGACAAAGAGUUGCUCAAAGUAGCUCAUAACACUUUGGUGAUACUGCUGAAACCAAUUGUGAGUAAUUACUUAAAACAAAAGAAGUUUCAUCAAAUAUGUCUUGAAGAGAUGCCCUGGAGGUCUCAGAUGAAUAUCCAUCUGGCACUUGCACACUACAACUUGCUUAGAAAGGAACUGGAAGAGCAAUAUGGCAUUGAAAUUUGUGGUUCACAGCAUCUGGACAGUUACAAAAUUUUGGAUCCUGAAAUAUUCUCAUUAAAUAACUCUGGCACGGUAGUGGUGAGAGAAGAUGUAGAGAGUAACAUGAGAACAACAACUCCUCCUCUCCUUAAAACAUCAGGAAUGACCAAAAAACAAAUUUGUACAGGUAAAUCUGAGCACAGCAUUAAACUCCGUGGAACAGAUACUCCUGAAACUAAAAGAAAAAAAAAAACAGAAAUAUCUGUCUCUCGUUCCCCCAAAGAACGCAACCAGGUUCUGUCAAGUAGCACUUUAUUGGAGCGUUUUACAAAAAUCUUCUUGCAUUUAAGAAGAGCAGUGGUUCUUGCUCACCGUGGUGGCCACUGGACUUUGCUUCAAAAUGCUUGUCGAGAACUUUGGAACUAUACUCAAGAAUUACAACUGAUUGCUAAUCAUUUACAUUCCCAUAUGGGUACAUUUCCCAUUACCAGGACUUUUCUUCAGAACACCAUAUGGUUGCCAUUUUAUUUGGCAUCAGACAUGAUCAUUGAUAUGAUAACUGAACUACAAGCAAGCAGGUCUCUUAAGAUUGUGGAUCCUGAAGGAGACUUCUGCAUCCCCAGUUGUUUAGGAGGUAUUAUGGAUGAGAAUGGUGGAUCUAAUCUUCAUCCACAGUCUCCCUUGGACGAUGUGAAUGUGGUUGACUUGAAAUGUAUAUGUAAUCUGAUUCUUAAAACAAUAGAAUUGUUAUAUCAACUGGAGAAGUGGGAAGCACUGGUACACAUAGCUGUACAAUUUAAUAUAUUUACGCAUGAGAGAUACACAGAACAAGUGAGUCCACUGCUGGUGUAUGCUCAGAGGCAGCUGCUGAAAAGGAUGCAGCAAUUCAGUGGCCCAGAGAGCCAUGAAUCUCAUUUCAUAAAAUCUGUGUCUGAUAGUGCACAUAAGAUGAGCUGCAGAAAUUACAUUGAGCAGAAAUUACAGCUGCCUGUUGCCUGUUCUCCUCGUGAACUGAUUAUUCCUGAAUGGUUCUUCUCUCCUGACAUGCAAAAGGAUUAUACAGAUUGUAAUCAAGCCAAAGCCCUCGUUUAUGUACCUCUUGAUGUGAAUGAUACACUGAAAUGUUUUAGAGAAACUCUACAAAAUUCUAAACAUCACAGCAGAGCACUGAGACACAGCAGAAAGCUACUUUCAUUACUUCUUGCAUACACACAAGAAAACCGUGGAAAAGCAAUCAGCAGUAAUAUCACUUCAGAGAGAAGGGUGACAUUUAAUAUGGGAGUUGAACUGACAUUCCUACCAAUACCAUGGGACCUUGCACGAGAAAAUUUUAUUUCCUCCAGUAUGGUUGAGAGUAAACCAAUGCCACCAUCGCAGUUCUCAGUAGUGAUCUCUUCUUAUGAACAAACAAUUGGAAUCCUUGAAAUAAACAACCAGAGAGAACUCAAGGUUCAGGCUCUACAUGAACUUGGAAAUCUUCAUUUUUAUGCUGGAAACAAAAGAGCUGCUUUUAAGUAUUGGUGUCAAGCCCUUGAUGAAACACUCAACAUUGCUGAUGCUCUCAACAACUGGGAAGAGUUAGGUUUUCAAAAAGAUGCUACAUACUGGUUUGCAGUUGGAACAUCUACUGAUACUAGUCAGAAAUUUCUUUCUCAGGCUGGAGUUUGGGGUUGUUUACAUGCAGCAGUUUUAGUGGCUAAGAUAGCUCAGUAUAUAACAACAUCAAAGAUGAGAUUAAGAAUGAAAUACUGCUAUUUUUCUGCCAUACUUUUUAAGACCCUGUUUAGAGCUUCUCUUCCACAUCCAACAUCUGACUAUGACUUCGCACAAUAUGAAACAAAUAUGCUUAUUCCUGGUAUCGACUUGUUCUCUGAUCGCUACAGAGCUGAUAUCUCUACUGUAGUUGCAAGUCUGAAUUUCCUUAUGGUGGAACUACAUUGUGCAAAACAAAAUUUAGUAAUUUUACCAUUGUUCACAUUAUACCAAUACUUUGUUUCUGAGAUUUGUAAGGACUCAGCUAAAUGUAUUGAAGGAAGAAUCUUAAAGAUUAAAGUGCUUACAGAUUUAGGAUUUUUUACAGAGGCUUUCCAUGAGCUAUCUUUGCUUAAUUGUGGAGAGGGAAUUCCAUGGAGAAUACCUGCAGGAUACAGAAAAAUUGAACAAAUUAAGCUGUUACAGAAAUUUGACUCCUCAAAAUCUCUCCUGACUGUUACAAAUUUACAGGUACUGGAAGACAUAUUUAAUUUGAGUCUAUCUUUAACAAUGGUGCCGAUGUGUAACCAACAAAUUAUGAACAAACUAACUUUAGUCAAAACACAUUCCAUCAUUUGCCUUUCUGCCACAAUAUACAACAUACCUGAAAAAGUGGAAAAACACAUCUAUACUGUUGAAAAAAACCCCCCGAAGGAGCCAAGCAGAAUUAGAGCAUCAAAGGCAAAAGGUGCUGCUGGUAAGAAUUCAAGACAAAAGGAACAAAGUGUCACAAUGGUGCAGCUUGUUGACUGUAAAGAUGAAUUAAAUAUGGCCAUGCUGAAGGGGAUUUUAUUAGCAGAAGCCGAAGAAAGUCUUAGCCGUCUUGUGCAGAACACACAGGACAAGUAUGAUGGGGAGAUAUCUCAGUGUUCUGCUGAAGAUUUAAAAGCUCUCAUUGAGGCCAAACUUCAGCUUGCCGCGAUUUCUCAGCAAAGGCAUCAAGCAGCUUGCAGUGUUGCUUUGGCUUUCUCUGCAAUUCGACUUCUCCAAGAUGCAAAAAUUUUUAGGAUGGAAAUGACACAUUUUCAAGAAGAAAAGGAUGAAAGUAUGUGUGAAAAUUUGGACUCUAAUGUUGAACUGCCUCUCGAUGUAGCAGCUGCACAAGAUCAUGUGAAUGUCCGUCUGUGGCUGAGGUGUCGUACAACGUUAGUGACUGCCCUAGUAACACAGAUACAUGGUGUUGCUGAUACGGAAGGAAAUAAUGUGGCUGAACGCAGAAGUGUGAUAGAUGAAGUGAUACUAGAGGCAGAAGCCUUUGGUGAUACUGAGACACAGGCUGAAAUGAUGGUGCAAGCUGCUAUUCUUGACCUGCAAGAAAAACAACCCGUGGCAACCAUUAAACUUCUUUUGCAGAAAAUCAUCAGUUUACUCCAGGAGGAUACAGUUAUUUCCCCUCCAGCUUCUUUGACUCUUGUGAGAAGUCUGGUUCUGCUGGCAGACAUGCUAACACUGCAGUCAGUAGAGGACACAGAACAUUGCUCUUCUACAGUGGAACCACUGAACUUACUAAUUUUGGCACAUGAGCUUACCAUUAAAGCAAUUUUUGUUUGUGGAGAACCCAUUGAACAGCAAAUAGAAGACAGCACAUUGACUUGCCUGGUCCUACCUCCAAAAAAUAUCUACUUGCCAUAUCUCAACUUGCUAGCCCAAGUCAAAAUGAGAAUUGGACAAACAUUAGCUGAAAAAACAGCUUGUACACCUGCAAGAGGAGAUCCACUCCAAUGGCUACGUGCUCUCAAACAUUUAGAAUCAGCAUUAAAGCUUUGCAGAGCAUCUGCAACAAAAAAAUUAGAUAUGGAAGCUGAACUUCUUUUUCAGAUAGGUAAGGUGGAAUGCCAGAUAACUCAAGCAGGUAAUAACAAGUCAUCUCCAGCUGUUGAAACCCUGUUGGAAGCUAUAAAACUCAGCCAGCAACAUGAUCAAAAAUUUGAGUUAAUAAGAAGAUCAUACCUUGAAAUAGCACUUUUAUAUUUGCAUUUUGCCACAAAUAAUGAGGCUGUGUCACAGACAGAUAAGAUGGUGUCUUCCAAAUCAAAAACAUCUUCUGGAAAACUCUCUACUAGUGAGGAGGCUCUAAAAUCAGAGGGCUACAAAGGACAAGCCUGGAUUGCAGUAAGAGCAGCUACACAGGUCAGUGAAGCUGUGCUUGCUUCUCAGCUGUUAAUUGGAAUGAAGAGUGUUAAAGAACAGAGCAUGAAUGAUGCAGUGCAACAGAAAAUCCCAGAAUUUGCUUCCAUGGAUCUUCUUGCUUCUUUCAGAGACUUCUUAUCUGGUGGAUACAGUGUUGUCUCUGAAAGUCCCAAAACCUCUUCUACUGAAAACAAACAAAUCAUACAGGACGAGCAGAGCCAAAGUGAAGGAACAGAAAGUCUUGCCAGCCAGAAGAAAGAGACAAUAACAUGGAUUCACUUAAUUCGCUACCACAUUUAUUUAAAAAGGCUUUAUAACACAAAUCCUCUAUUUGCUGCCCCUAACUCAGGACCUCGAUCAUGUUCUGCAAGAGAUGGACACCUUAGUUCUGUUUUUGACUCAGGGAUUGUUCUACGCAUAGCAGAAAUGCAUUCCUUUCUUAAAAACCAUUUGCUUGAAUAUUCAGUGUGUUGUCUUGAGAAUUUCCCAGAAGAGCUACAUGAUGCAGAAUUGCCACUUGGUAGUCCAGCUAGUUCUCCAAAGAUGUCUCUUGAAGUUACUGAAAUUUCAUCAAGGAUGCCACAUGUGAGAACAGCUUCUCCAGCUCCUGUCGUCACAGAAGCAGACGGUCAGACAGAGAGCAGGGCAGCAAAUGCUUCAAAUAAGGAAAUUAAUAUUCAGUGGUACAUUCCUUCUCUGGCAAAGCCAUCAAACGAUACAGAGACUAAGGUUUUGCUGCUUUAUGCUUACAAUACAAAGCCCGUCAAGAUGAGCAACAUCAAGAUUUUCAGCUCAAUGUCUGUGUUUUCAGGCUACUUGUGGAUUCCAUUGGCUAGAAUUAUUUCUUUACGGGAGAAAUUAUCUAAUCUGAAGCAGGAAGUUGAAAUGAUGCUGAGUUCUAAAAGCUUGUCCUCGGCUUCAGAACCUACAAGUUUUCUUGAAGAAAGUGAAACCUUGAAAAUAAUUCCUUCAAAAAACGCUGAAGUGACUGUUGCAAAAAUGCAUCUUGAUGAAAAAACAGAAGAAAUGGCUAAAAGCUGUUUGUCUGAAGUCAAAGCACUGCUGUCUGGUGCUCCAGCCCUGUCCUUGCCAUUAACUCAGCUCCCAUUUGAUGUUACUUUGCAAUCAAUAGAAAGUUUGGAAGAGAUGUUUGAUCCUGCUACUGGAUGUACAAUAACUGAGGAAAGUCUCUUCAAUUGGAUCAUUUCUCUGUUUCGCUAAAUUAUAUUUUUGCAAUAACUUAACCAGUUGCUGAGUGCUAUAGAUUUAGACUUAUGUUCUGGUGUUAAUAAAACAACCUCA